UUCCGAUUGCUCCGAUUGCCUUCUCCUGUUAGAAAUACUGAACACAUAACAUAUAUCAAAACAAAGUGUUUGAAAGUUUUUGAAGAACUGCAAGCUAUAAAAACGAGUUUUAGUGUUUUGUCAACCAUCCCAGUGCAUGUGUAUAUAUGUGCGUGUUCUCAAAACCAAACAUGUGAUAUAAAUCUUGCCAUGAAAAGUAGAAAUAUUUUUUUCAAAUACAAGUGAAUAGUAUAUUGAAAAAAAGAAAAAUAAACACAAUUUGAACUGACUUGGAUUAUGCAUUUUUGGAUCGAUAAACGUUCGCAGCAAUGUGGCUUCGGCAGAUCAAGGGUUGCUGCCUCUCUCUCGGGAGCUGGCGGAUCUGGUUUGAGUUUUGGUCAUCCACCACGCCGAGCAGGUGGCUAUAAAUCGACCACCAGCUCUAAUAGCUCAAUGCCGAUACAUCGACAGCAGCAGCAACAGCAACCACAACAGCAACAGCAACAGCAACAGCAGCAACAGCAGUACGGACAUUAUACGCAACAUCAUGUGACAUAUAGUACUGCUGGAACAACAACAACUACCGUCGAUUAUCACCGAAGCAAUAAUUAUGGUUACAGUGCCAACAAUAAUAAUAAUACUCCCAGCAGUGGCGGUCAAUAUUCAUCUUCUAGUCAGCAGUUAAAUAAUAAUGUCGUUCUCCAGCAGCAAAACAAUGCAUACACAAAUCCAACGUCACAAUCGUAUCCAGCAACAGCAAAUAUUAAUAACAAUAAUAGUAUUGCGUCUUCUUUAUCAGGAGUGAUUUCUGGUUCUUCAUGGCGUAACGCUCGUUAUAUCUUACCAUCUUCAACCAUUAAUAGCAAUCAGAUUUCAUUGGCGCAUCAUCAGCAGCCAACCCAUCACCAUGACAUGCGCAGUUAUCAUCAUCCCCAGUUUGGAAAUAUGUCUGUAAGGCAUUAUCAGCAAACGGACAUCCAACAAACAUCCGCCAACAUCAUAGAACCAAGUAUACAUAACGGCGGUCGACAAACGAUCGCUGUCCAAAAUUAUGGUUGCAGUCAAAAUGCUUCUACAGCUUCAACGGUGCCACAUCAAACUACGUCUUCAAUGCCGGCUACAGAUGUUAAUAGGCAAUCUCAACGUGAUUUUGGUUCUAAUCAACGCUCGAAUAGUGUAAGCAAUUUACGUCCGGCUAAUUGUGGUGCCAGCUAUUCAACUUCCUCCAUGGGUCCCUCGCAUCAUCAUCAUCAGCAUGCUACCACAAUGCAUUCUGUUGAAAGCGUGGAUAACCAAUUACUGCCAACCCAUUUAAAAUGCGGAAUGUGUGCUUCGUUAGUAUUGGCUUCUGUGUUUGUGGCAGGAGCCAAAUUCUAUUUCGAUCAUCAAGGCACUGGCUUAGAAGUUCUAAUAUUUUGUGCAUUUUCUGCUACAUUCUUUCUUGCCGCCUGCACUGUAUCUUUAUGUAGAGUGCCCAAAGGCUUAUUACCCCAUCGUUCAACGGCUGAUCAACGUCGAACUGCAUGUGGUUUAGGUAGCAGAGGCUCAACGCUUAACUCGGUUGACGAUAUCGUUGUAAGUGAUUUACAUGAAUUACAAGAACGAACACAGACAGUAGCUAAUAAUGCGGCAGCCCAGGCUGGUCCACCUCCUUACCACAUUGCUAUAUUGCUGCCUGAAACAAAAAAUCAUGAUAAAGGAAUCACUUCAGUAGAAGAAUCACCACCACCGUCCUAUGAUAAGAUUUUGGUAUAGACUAAGCUUAAUAACUCUAAUACAAUUUAAGUUGUUUUUCCUGCCCUUAUUUAGCCUAAUAGCUUAUACUGUUUAAUAUACAUCUAUAUAUAUAUAUAUAUUAUAUACUUUAAGUCUUCCCGUUUGUUUUCAAGAAAGCCAAGAGAUUUUUUUAUGAUUAAAUCUGUGAUUUAAUAUAACAUAAAUUUUAAAUUCAAAGUCUUCUUAAUACCCUAAAGACACUUGAACCGAUAAUACUGAUUCCGUUCUUUUUCUUUUUAAUUUAUUUAUUUUUUUUUUUUUUUGCUAAUUAAAAAAUGGUUACAAAUACAUUACA